AUGGGAAAUCAACCAAGCACCGAGGUGAAACAGGACGAGUCGGAUGGUGCAGAAGAGGAUUUGCAAGAAUCGCAACAGUCGCCCUCAACUCCUUCAUAUCCCCGCGCGAAAGAACCCUCAGCAGUUCCUUGCUCACCAGGCAUUGUAUACUCAAGUCAAGUGCCUGCGUCUGCGAUUCGGCCAAUUCCACCCUUCCGACCUAAACCGCAAUUACACGAACUACACGAAUCCGACCUCAACGUACCUAGCUCGCCUAUCCUUCCCCCACUCCCACCGCCUACCAUGUCUUCGGCAACGAGGGAUAAGAAACUCGAGGUUCCCGAGUCACCUCAGUACAAACAGGAAAACUCGACACCAAGCAACAAAUCCAAAAAGUCGAAAUCGCGACGAUCAAAAAAACGGUCCAGCAUAUCGCAUCCUGAAUCUUCCAUCAAGUCUAGCGGAUCCAAUCAUGCGCAGAACGGUGUUUCAGAAAUAAAUGAUAUAAAUAAUGUGGAUGAUAUGAAUGAUAAUACCUCUGCGAUAGGGGACGUCGAUUCACACAAAGGCCCGAAAAGACGUAGAAGGAAGGCAAAGAAAGGCCUGAAGAAAGAACAAUGGCCAGCAUCUCCUGAUUUGGGAAACAACGAGCCCUCGAGCGACCCUGCUGAACAGCCUAGAUCGGUCGAUAUUAUAAAAACUCAUGAUACAGCACAAAAUCCAUUUCUCAGCUUACGUCCCAAGAGUAAUACGACUGUCGACUCUACACCACCCAACGACUCAUCGAAGAAACGCAAGGCUACAAAUUCGGGGAGCAAGAGUAGGAAGAAGUCUAAGCGUAACAGUGGAGGCAACAUGUUGAUCAAUGGGACACCUUUCAGCAGCCUUGCCGAAAGUCUUUAUGCUGGCCGCAAGAAUGGAGAUCGAAUUGAGUCUAGCGACAAUGAAUCCGCCAACGAAAAUGCUCAGGCAACCUCUCCGAGUUAUCCUCAAUCACGCCAGGAUUUAGUUGAGUCGAUUCCAAAUACGAACACCGAUGUAGCAGACCCUAACGUGGUGUCUGAUGAUGAGAUGGAAGUAGACCCAAUUCGGGAUCGUUCUAUAUCGCAUAAUGAAGAUCAAGACGAACCUGACGAUGCCUCAUCUAACGGUGGUGGCUCACCAUUAAAUAAACCCCGGGUAGAGGGUGGGGAUAGUGGGGAUGACCGGAGUGGAGCAUUCGAAGGUAGUGAACAAGAGAAUGUCGGUGAGGAGAACGAGGAUGGUUCUACUUCCGAAGCCGUGCAAACCCACAACGAAACUGUUAAUGACAAGGUAGAGCUUAUGGACGGUGCGGAAGGCGAUGACGGUAGCAGUUUUGUUUCCCGACCUAAGAGUUCGACACGAAAGCGAUUUGUCAAGCCUACAUUCUACGAACGUCUAUCAGAGGGAGAUGCUAACGGGACCAUUGACCAUGCCUCGUCUUCCCCAUCGUCAAAAUCGACCAAAAAGAAGCAACCUAAAAUUUCGACUAUGCUCAGAGGUAACACAGAGGAUAGCCCGGCACCCAAGGCAUCUACGUCCAAGCGUCGUUCCGUCACAAAGAAAGUUAAAAAGUCUCAGCCAACGAAAUUUGUCAAGGGCCAAUUCAGUGAAACCGAAAUUCGCGACAUUACCCGAGCUGUCGAACGAUGGCGAGAUCAUCACAAUAUGACCCAAUUCGAGGUCAAUGCUCUCAUACAGGGCAAUCCUCAGGAGGUCUUGUCUAGCGACUUUUGGGCUCGUGUCAUAGCAACUUGCCCUGAGCGUGCGCGGCAAAAGGUUAUAAACCUAUGUCGACGAAAGUUUCAUAACUUCGUUGCUCGAGGCACAUGGACCCCGGAACAACACGAAGAACUGACGCAACUAUGGGAAGAGCAUGGGAAUAAAUAUUCCCUACUCGGCAAACUCAUUAAUCGACAUCCCGAAGACGUCCGAGAUCGAGUCCGGAAUUACGUUGUGUGCGGUAAUUCUCGCCGUGUUGAUCCUUGGACUCUGGAGGAGGAAGAACGUCUUCAAUCCAUCGUCACGGAAGCUCUCGAGUCGAUUAAAGAACAUCGUCUGAAUGGACACAUCAACUCAAUAGAGGCGGAUGAAGAUUUAAUUGAUUGGCAAAGGGUGAGCGAACGCAUGGAUAGAACACGAAGCCGACUACAAUGCAUAUCAAAAUGGAAAAAGAUCUCCAAUCGACCAUCAGAGGCCGGUAUAGACGGUAGUGGGACUCUCACAGUCGACCAAAUUAUCCAGCAAGCCCGGGAUGAAGUUGUAGACUUGUCGAAUCAUGAACGAUACAGCAUCAUCAAAGCCAUCCGAGCCUCUAAUGUAAAUGCGGAGAGCCGUAUUCCCUGGGCUAAAGUUCGUACAGAACAUCUAGACAACAAGUGGACACGCCCUGUCAUUAUGUUAGCCUGGUACCGAUUGAAGCAUCUCGUCCCCGAUUGGCAUAUCAUGUCAAUUCCCGAAAUUAUUAUGCAAUUAAUUAGGAGAUAUAAUGAGACUCAUGCACUCGAGUUUCCAAGCGACGACGAUUACGAUCUAGAUGCGGAAUUUGACGAAAUGGUCCGAAAGAUCAAAAAGAUCCUGAAGGUUCACCGUUCGCAGCCGAAAACGCCUCAAACCGUUAUUAAGACUGACGAUGAUGAAGAUGAAGAAAGCCAGGAAGAAGUUGAGAGUGAUCAAGAGAGUGAAGCUGCCCAUGCGGCGGAAGAUGACAUCGAAGAUGAUAGCCAACAAGAUGACGAAUCCAAUGGCCAAUCCAAAGACGGGGACGUCUCGAUGCGGGAUGAGCCAGUUCACGGAUCCGAUGAUAAUGUUGAUCUAGGUCACAAUAACGAAGAUGAUCUGCCUGACUUCAAACCACGAAAGACCCCCCAAAGUCGCAAGCGCUUCCGGUCUUCAUCUAAACACAGAGCGGCCACACCACACAAGAUCAAAUCACAACGCACCGUUGUCGACGAGUCAAGCGAAGACGAACAAGUUCCAGAUGACGAGGCAAGCAGCGAUACGAACGCAAGCGAGGUUGAAAGCAUACCCGCUCGUUGA